AUGCUUUUGUUGCGAGUACAGCAGCGGCACCGUACUGCGCGUACAACCAGAAGGUUAUGACGAGGUUAUUACGACUGACUGCAGCAGCUGCAGGAUCCAUUCACACUUAGAGGAAGAAAAAAACCCGCCAUCCAGAUCCAGAUCCAGAUCCAGCUGCAGCUGCAGCUGCAGCAGCAUCUCGCCUGCGCAGCAUCUUACAGAAACGACGAGCGUCAGUUCGCAGCCUGCACAUUUUGCACAGGGUCGUUGGUUCUUCUCCGUCUCCGCAGCACCAAGGACGGAGGUCUCGGGGCGAUACGAGGAUCCACGAGAAGCGCUUUGAGCAGGAUACCGCGUCAAGUAUCCAGGUAGGCCACGGCCAGCGUGAUGGAUUCACAGUCACAGACAUCCGGCCCCCAACCCCUGUGUGCAGGCCGUGCGGAGGGGUUCAGCCAUGGAUGCUGGGAGGCUGGAGCAGCAGGUGGCCAGUGUGGAGAGAGGCAUUGCCUUCCUGAGACAGGAGCACCGGGCCAUGCUGACCGGCCUGCAGCUGGAGAUCAUGCACCUGAAGAGGCGCUGCCACGAGCUAAGCUGUGAGCUGGACUCCAGGUUCCCUGACAGAAACACAGCAGAGGAGGAGGCAGAGCUGGCAGCACGUUGUGCGGCCGCAGAGCGUCUUCUGGAGGACCAGCAGUGCAUGAUUGUCACUGUGCGUGGCGAGCUGCGGGCGGGCCGGGCACGGUCGUCAGCACUCGGCAGGAGCCUCAGGGAAGAGGAGCGACGUUUCCUGGAGGAACUGAAGCGCCGCAGCCACAAGAUCACGCUGCUGAGCCGCGAGCUGCAACGCCAGAACGCCACCACGUCGACCCUCUGCCACGAGCUCCACGCCGCGCGCCUAAAACUGUUCCAUCAACGGCAGAGCAACGAGUCUGCUGCAGAGAGAGAGGAGGAGGAAACCAUGAGAAAGGAUGGAGAAGGAGAGGAAGACGAGGAAGAAGAAGAAGAAGAAGAUGAUGAUGAUGAAGGGGAGGGUUCCGACUGGCUUCUGUCUCCACCUCCUCCCGACUCUCCCAGCCAAUCCGAGGCGAGACACAGGAGGCGUGUCUCCUUGAGGGAGGAGAUGGUCAGAGCUUGCGUCCCGCAGGAGAGAGUGACGUCGCCGCAGAGGCCACUCCCCAUGCCAGACCCCGCCCUCUUCCUGGUGCCGCUUAGGUACCGCCUCCUUCGCUUGAACCGACCCAUCAGAAUGCAGGAUGCGGAGGGUAUGGAGGACGAGUGGGAGGACAUUGAGGACAGCAGGGUGCACAGGAGGGUUGACAUGGGAGCAGGAGAGGGAGAAACCGCUCUGUGAUACAGACGGAGAGGUGACAUCGUCUUCCAGCAGGCCUCUGCCGAUAUCAUUGAACAUCUGAUGCGGUUAUUCUAGACAAAGCUUGAGAUGAGAGAGAUGUAACCUUGUGAUUGUCUGUAGAUUUCAGGAAGUGAAUUAGAUAUUUAGAGUUAGUUGCACAGGAGUGUGUGAUCGACCCCACACAAAGACGUAUUUACAGAAAUUUGUCACAUUGAUGCUACUUGAAAGUGAGGAAAUGAAUCGCUCAAAGAAAGACUGAAAUGUCGAAGCGUUUUCUAUGGAUUCCUCUAGAUUUUAUCAAUGUUGAUCUCAGCUUUUGCCAGUAAUUAGUCGCCUCGCCUUCGGGUCUGUGAACACGUACACGGUAGUGUUCAGUGGCAACCGGCUUCCGGUUUCAGACAGUAACUCUAGAAGGCUUAGGGACAUUUUGUAUGAUUUGCACUUUAUUAAAUUCAUGCAAUGUGCCUAGUAAUGGCAUAACAAUGUUUCUAUUGUCGUGUUG